GAGUAAUGUUACCAGCGCUGAGAGUGUGAGGAGGCUGCGUAUCGAUCCCGCUCUCACAGCCAUUGCGGUGCACCGGGCUACACAGGGACCCAGGCAGCGCUGGGGCCGGGCAGGCGGCCGGGGGAGCGUCUCUGGGGCUCGGGGCAGAGCGAGGGCUGCGUGCCGACUCUGACACGGAAAAUCAUCCAAAAUGGGCAAAGGCGAUCCCAAGAAGCCGAGAGGUAAAAUGUCUUCAUAUGCCUUCUUUGUGCAAACCUGCCGGGAGGAGCACAAGAAGAAACAUCCAGAUGCUUCAGUGAACUUUUCAGAGUUCUCAAAAAAGUGCUCAGAACGAUGGAAGACUAUGUCUUCUAAGGAGAAAGGGAAGUUUGAAGAUAUGGCAAAGGCUGACAAGCUUCGUUAUGAAAAAGAAAUGAAAAACUAUGUACCACCUAAGGGGGAAACGAAAAAGAAGUUCAAGGAUCCAAAUGCACCGAAGAGGCCCCCUUCGGCAUUUUUCUUGUUUUGCUCCGAGUUUCGUCCAAAAAUCAAAGGAGAACAUCCUGGCCUGUCCAUUGGGGACGUUGCAAAGAAGCUGGGAGAGAUGUGGAACAACACCGCUGCAGAUGAUAAACAGCCUUACGAGAAGAAGGCUGCUAAACUGAAGGAGAAGUAUGAAAAGGAUAUUGCUGCAUACCGGGCCAAAGGGAAGGUUGAUGCAGGCAAAAAAGUAGUUGCCAAGGCUGAGAAGAGCAAGAAGAAGAAGGAGGAGGAGGAAGAUGAGGAUGAAGAUGAAGAGGAUGAAGAUGAUGAGGAGGAGGAAGAAGAGGAGGAUGAAGAUGAUGAUGAUGAUGAAUAAGUCUCUUUUAGAGCAAUUUCUUUCUUGUCUAUAAAGCAUUUAACCCCCCUGUACACAACUCACUCCUUUUAAAGAAAAACAAAACAAAACAAAACAAUGGAAAUGUAAGGCUGUGUAAGAUUUGUUUUUAAACUGUACAGUGUCUCUUUUUUUGUAUAGUUAACACACUACCGAAUGUGUCUUUAGAUAGCCCUGUCCUUAGUGGUAUUUCAAUGGCCACUAACCUUGCCUGGUACAGUGUGGGGGUUGUAAAUUGGCAUGGGAGUUUCAAAGCAGGUUCUUGUUGGUGCACAGCACAAAUUAGUUCUACAUGGGGAUGUAGUUCAUUUCACAUCUUCAGUUGUCUCCGAUGCAUCAUAAAAAUAAUUGUUGUUCUGUUAACUGAAUACCACUCUGUAAUUGCAAAAAGGAAAAAGAAAAAUUGCAGCUGUUUUGUUGACAUUCUGAAUGCUUCUAAGUAAAUACAAUUUUUUUUUUUA